UGGUAUAUUUCGAUCUGUCCGGCGCGGUCACGCUGGUUUCUGCAGAAGUUUAAUGUUAAUCUUUUUUUUUCGAGAAAGUGUGCGUGAACGACGAUCAAGCCGCCAAAGGAUUGCCGUAAAAGCCCCGCCAAAGCGUUGACCCGGUGAGCGCCCCCCAACGAACGACGCCUGUGUCUCCGUCUGCGUUCCCACAUCCCCGCUCCCGACUCGCCACCGCCGCCGCCGCAGCCGCCUCCGCCUCAAAAUGUCGGACUACAGCGACCUAGACCGCCAGAUCGAGCAGCUAAAGCGCUGUGAGAUCAUCAAGGAAAACGAAGUGAAGGCCCUGUGCGCCAAGGCACGCGAGAUACUGGUGGAGGAGGGCAAUGUACAGCGGGUGGACUCGCCGGUGACUGUCUGCGGCGACAUUCACGGCCAGUUCUACGACCUGAAAGAGCUGUUUAAAGUGGGCGGCGAUGUGCCUGAGAAGAACUACCUGUUCAUGGGCGACUUUGUGGACCGCGGCUACUACAGUGUGGAGACAUUCCUCCUGCUGCUGGCGCUGAAGGUGCGUUACCCGGAUCGCAUCACGCUGAUCCGCGGCAAUCACGAAUCGCGACAGAUCACGCAGGUGUAUGGGUUCUAUGACGAGUGCCUGCGCAAGUAUGGCUCCACGGCCGUGUGGCGCUACUGCACGGAGAUCUUUGACUACCUCAGCCUGUCGGCUAUUAUCGAUGGCAAAAUAUUCUGUGUGCAUGGCGGCCUGUCGCCCUCCAUCCAGUACCUGGACCAGAUCCGCAGCAUCGAUCGCAAGCAGGAGGUGCCGCACGACGGGCCCAUGUGUGAUCUAUUGUGGAGCGAUCCGGAGGAUCAGACCGGCUGGGGCGUGUCACCGCGCGGCGCUGGCUAUCUGUUCGGCUCCGACGUUGUCUCCCAGUUUAACCGCACCAAUGAAAUCGAUAUGAUAUGCCGGGCACACCAGCUGGUGAUGGAGGGAUUUAAAUGGCAUUUCAACGAAACCGUCCUGACCGUCUGGUCAGCGCCCAACUACUGCUAUCGCUGCGGCAAUGUGGCUGCCAUUUUGGAACUGAACGAGUACCUGCAUCGCGACUUUGUCAUCUUUGAGGCGGCACCGCAGGAGAGUCGAGGCAUUCCCUCAAAAAAGCCUCAGGCGGAUUACUUCCUCUAAGACACGCGAUCGCUUAGUAGUCGUCGCCAACUCUCACUCCCGCCGCACCUCGUCAGCGGGAGGCAUCGUUCCACCGGUGGUCCACUGGUGGUGGCUGCCACAAAUCAUCUAAGGAAAAUGAAACUGCCUGCCUGCCUAAGCAAACGCAAACGCAAACGCGCGACCAGCAACUGCAAAUGCAAGAAAAUCUAUUACAUAAUGAGACAUAAAGUAAGCUGGAAAAGCGAACCGGAGCCACGGCCUCCAACCGGGCUCCCAUAUAGAUCAAGAUUCCGGAGUAUUCCGUUCGUAUAGACAUUUUUUUGCCCCUUAUACACAUUUAUAUCAUAUAUACCUUGCUCUAUGUCCAAGUUUCUCAUGUUUGUCGUGUGUUGUACCCUGUACCCAUCACCCUGACGCAAGAUGCGCAUUAAUAUUAUAUAUAAUAAUAAUUUGUAGGAUUAACACACCCCCCUGCCCGGUUCGAGGCGAAUUCGCCUGGCCAAGGCGGCCCUCGAAGCGGUCCCUUCUCCAUGCGAAUUCCCCCGCUGCCGCGCAACAUUCUAUACGUUUAGGCAUUAGCUUUAAGCCAGUAACUAACUAAAUAUAUAACCUCCUAGGAGGCACACACGCUGCAUGAUGUGGGCAGAGCUACUCCUAGCUAAGAGCCAGCCACCUGGCCUCUGUGUCUCUCGGAAGUGUGUAGGAAUUCGUAGAGCCUGAGAAGAAAUUGUAAUUUACGACCCAGAUUGGGAUAUUAUAUACAAGUAACUAUAUAUAUAAAUAUUAAAAUAAAGAUUGUAAGAUGUAUCACGCA